UGAACAUGAUAAAACAUGUCUACGACGUCUCGGUUUACAAUUGAAAUAAUUUAGUGGUGUUGUACAUUUAUUAGUCUUCUUCAAAAAGAAGUUAAAAAGAGUUGCUAAACAUGGCUGGGAAAAAUAUGCCAGUUGACAUGGAGCUUAAAAAGGCAUUCCAAGAGCUUCAAGGCAAGCUUAUCAAUACCACUCAGCAACUGAAGGUAUCUGAUGCACAAAUAGAAACAUUAAAAAGAAGUAUUCAACAUUCUAUGCUUGUAGAAAAAGAGAUUUCUAGGUUACCAGAAGAUACUAGAGUUUAUGAAGGUGUUGGAAGAAUGUUCAUGCUGGCAGGUAUACCAGAAGUGAAAAAUACUUUAGAAAUGAAAGUAAAAGCUGCAGACAGUAAGAUCAAGAAUAUAGAGGGAACUAAGGCCUAUUUAGAACGCAAUAUGAAGGAAAGUGAGGAUAGUUUACGGGAACUUAUUCUGACAAAGCAAGGCAGGGGAUAAAUCAGCUUUAUAUUGUAGACUUUAAUUUAUAAAGGAAUAUCUAAGCUAGUGUUCAUGUUUACAAUGUUGAAUUGAUUAGAAAUUGUAUGAUCUGAAAUGAUUGAAGAAAGGAAAGACUUUACUCAAUGUACUCAAUGUUAAGGUUUUUUGUAUGCUUGCUAGUAUUAUUCAUAUGUGGCCAUCCUGUAACUUCAUUGUCAAAUUUAACAUGUUUAUACAUGAGCUUGUGAACAGUAACAAAUAAAUUUUAAGUAAGAAA